AACCAAAUACCCGAGCUCACAUUCUUCCACGUAAAUUCCAACGGCUUCGCCGGCUCUGUCCCCAGCGAUGUCAUCAAUUUCCCUUACUUCUUCGAGCUCGACCUCAGUAACAACAAAGUCAAAGGCCAGUUUCCCCUCGACGCCAUUAAGUCAAACCAACUGGUUUUCCUCGACCUCCGCUUCAACGAACUCACCGGCCCGAUUCCCUUCCAACUCUUCCAGAAGGAUCUCGACGUCAUCUUCAUCAACAACAACCAUUUCACACAGUACCUCCCCCAGAAUUUCGGCUCCACGCCGGCCCGCUACCUCACUUUCGCCAACAACAACCUCACCGGCCCGAUUCCCAAGAGCGUCGGUUACGCACCCAACCUCACCGAAGUUCUCUUCCUCGGGAACCAUUUCGACGGCUGCUUGCCCAUUGAAAUCGGAAACCUUAAAAAAGCUAUCGUCUUUGAUGUGAGUAAGAAUUCUCUAACCGGCCCAAUCCCUCUCUCUUUCGGGUGCUUGAAGAGCAUUCAGUAUCUGAAUUUGGCGAACAACAAAUUCUACGGCUGUGUUCCCGACAACCUUUGUCAAAUUCCUUCUCUCCGCAACAAUGGGAAUCUCUCCUUGGCCAACAAUUACUUCAACGAGCUUGGCCCCUCCUGCUGGAGUUUGAUCAAGUCCAAGGUUUUGGAUGUCUCAAAUAAUUGCAUCCAUGGGCUGCCAAACCAAAGAUCACCCACCGAAUGCUAUUACUUUUACAAGACGAAGAAGACGUGUCCGAAUCCGAGUUCUUUCUAUACAGUGCCGUGUAAAUCGCACUGGGGAAAACCCAGUUCCGAAACCAAUGUUCCAACCUCUGCACCGGUGACUUACAAAGCUCUUAAACCGCAUCGUUUGAGAUUAUGAUGGAUGAGAUAUCUCAUACUUGUGCUGAACUAUUUGUUGGAGUUCAUGAUACUAAUUAAUGAACGUGCUUGUCUUUUGUAUAUUUCUCUUUCCUAUUAGCUGUUGUUUUUGUAUUCUGUAUGCCCAUUAAUAAGCACCGUGGUUGAAUUGGGCUUCUUGACUAUUGCUUCUUUGGUGUCACUCAAAUGUAAUUUCUGUAAGUGGUCGAAUAAAAUUUGUACUAUCUUUGCAUGAGAAGAUGUGUACCUUGUAAUAGAAAUUUGUUUGUUUGGGCAA